CACGCGGAGUUCUUUUGUGCGAGAUGAUGGGGACGGACCUGAUGUGGAGCAGAGAACCGCACAUUAGCCCGAAGUAUGACGUCGCCAAGUUACAUUCUGUGGUCGGUAGUAGGGAACAAGCAUGCCUAGGCCCCAGUACAAAGAUGCUUGGUUUCAAUAUAACGGCUCCAGAGCAUCGGUCCGUAUAUGUACUGACUUCAAAAAAUG